UCAAUGCCCUAAUGCCCGUUCUGCUGCUAUUUUUCUCUGUUCAAUUCCUUAUUUUUCCAAACUCGAGUGCUCAGAAAUCCUCCAACUUUUCCCCCUAAUCAAACAGGAUUGAGCAGGUUUCGACUAUUCUAGUGCCGCCUUCCCUAUUUUUGACCCAGUUGUGCUCGAUUUGUUCGUUUGAAAACUCAACGAGGUUUUGAGCGGAUGAAUCCGUCGGGGUUUUAGGUUGUUAAGCUUCAUUCUCUGCCUCAAAGCUUUUGGGGUUUAAUUAACAAUGACCGAUCGCAUCAACAAUAACAACGCUGCUGUUAAGCCGAUAUGGAUGAAGCAAGCCGAGGAGGCCAAGCUCAAGAGCGAGGCCGAGAAAGCUGCCGCUGCAAAAGCCGCAUUCGAGGCUACGUUCAAAGCCGUGACCAACAAUCCUGAUAAACCUUCAGAUUCUGAUUCAGAAGGAGAAGCAGAGGAGGACUUGGCCGAUAAACCUGUGGGCCCUGUGGAUCCUGCCAAGUGCACUGCGGUUGGGGCGGGCAUUGCUGGUGGGACUGCUUGUGCUCCCUCUACAUUCAUGGUGGUGACAAAGGACGCGGAUGGAAGGAAGGUCCUGCAUGGGGGAGCACAGAUUAAGGUGAAGGUGUCGCCUGGAGUGGGUGUUGGGGGUACGGAGCAAGAAGGGAUUGUGAAGGAUAUGGGGGAUGGGACUUACACCGUAACUUAUGUGGUGCCCAAAAGGGGGAAUUAUAUGGUGAAUAUUGACUGUAAUGGCAAACCCAUCAUGGGUAGUCCAUUCCCCGUUUUCUUCAGUGCUGGUACUUCAACUGGAGGACUUCUGGGUGUGGCUCCUGCUUCAACUUUUCCAAACUUAGUUAACCAGACCAUGCCCAACAUGCCAAAUUAUUCAGGAUCAGUUUCUGGGGCAUUCCCUGGAUUAAUUGGGAUGAUUCCCGGCGUUGUUCCUGGUGCUUCUGGUGGUGCAAUUUUGCCUGGAAUUGGAGCAUCUCUUGGGGAAGUUUGUCGAGAUUAUCUUAAUGGCCGGUGUGCAAAAACUGACUGCAAGCUGAACCAUCCACCGCACAAUUUGCUAAUGACGGCAUUAGCUGCAACAACCUCAAUGGGGACCCUUAGUCAGGUGCCUAUGGCACCUUCAGCAGCUGCAAUGGCUGCUGCUCAAGCCAUUGUUGCUGCCCAAGCUCUUCAAGCUCAUGCUGCUCAGGUUCAAGCACAAAAUCAGUCUGCCAAGGAUUCAACCGGUUCACCUGAUAAAGCUGGGAAGGAAGACACACUGAAGAAGACACUUCAAGUUAGCAAUCUUAGCCCACUUCUGACAGUGGACCAGCUGAAACAACUAUUUGGCUAUUUUGGCACAGUUGUUGAUUGUACAAUUACCGAUUCAAAGCAUUUUGCCUACAUAGAAUACUCAAAACCUGAAGAAGCAACCGCAGCUUUAGCAUUGAACAAUAUGGAUGUUGGGGGUCGGCCCUUGAAUGUUGAGAUGGCUAAAUCACUUCCUCAAAAAUCGAUUUUGAAUUCUUCUCUGGCUUCAUCUUCUUUGCCAAUGAUGAUGCAGCAAGCUGUUGCCAUGCAACAGAUGCAAUUUCAACAAGCUUUGCUUAUGCAACAAACUAUGACUGCACAGCAGGCAGCUAAUCGAGCUGCAACCAUGAAGUCUGCAACAGAGUUAGCAGCAGCUAGAGCUGCAGAAAUUAGUAAGAAGUUAAAAGCUGAUGGACUUGUUGAUGAAGAGAAGGAAACAAAAAGAAAAUCUAGGUCACCAUCCCAAUCUCGACCAAGGUCCAGAUCAAAGUCAAAAUCACCAGUUAAUUAUCGGCAAAGGCGCAGGUCUCCUUCGUACUCACCUCCUCGCCGGCAUAGAAAUCGUAGAUCCAGGACACCUUUGAGAUCUCGUCAUCACUUCAGAUAUGAUGAUGAAAGGCGGUCAUAUAGAGAUUUUAGGGAUGAUAGUGACAGAACUAGGAGGCAGGAUCGAUUGUAUGAUCGUCAUUCCUCUGUUUCAAGGAGAAAUAGGAGUAGGAGUGUGAGUCCUCGAAGGAAAAAGUCCUAUAGAGCUGAUUCAGGCUCACCAAAACACCGCCGAGAAAGUUCACCACAUAGAGUGAGAAAAUCAUCCCAUGGUGGUUCAAGAUCACCAAGGCAUCAUAGGGGAAGUAGGUCAUCUCCAAUAAAUGACAGCAAUGACAAACAAAAAUACAGAAAACGUUCUAGGUCCAAAUCUGUGGAAGAUACCAAUGACCGGGCAAAAGAAACCCAGGAUGAAAAGACAAAGAAACACGAGAGGAGGAGAUCCAGGUCAUUAUCUUCUGAAGAGAGGAAUAAUGGAAGUAAGUCAUCCCCUAGAAGUUCGGAUGAAAAUGAAACAAAACACAGGAGGCGGUUGAGGUCAAAAUCUGUGGAAGCACAUAAUCGCUCCAAUGAAAAAGCGAAUGAAACCAGGGAUGAAAGAUCAAAACGUCGUGAUAGAAGGAGGUCUAGGUCAAAAUCUGUUGAAGGCAGGUACCACUUCAGAGAGAAAAGAAAUGAAACCAUUGAUAAAAAGUCUAAGCAUCGUGACAGAAAGCGGUCUAGAUCAUUGUCUGCUGAGGGGAAGCAUCACAGAGGAAGCCGGUCAUCCCCAAAAGGUGGGGAUGAAAAUAAAUCAAAACACAGAAGACACUCUAGGUCAAAAUCUCCAGAAGGCAAGCUGCACUCUAGUCAUAAAAUGGGUGAAAAUAGAGAUGAAAAAUCAAAGCAUCACAAAAGAAGACAGUCAAUGUCUGUUGAAGGACUAGAAGGACACAAUGAAUACCAGAGUCCAUCACCGGAGGAUAAAAUUGACUGAACUGGUGCAAGCAAUGAUGUGGAAUACAUCGAUAGAGAGCCAUAGUUGAUGGUUGAGGAUGAUAGUUAUCUCAAGUUCCCCAUGGAAAUUGCAGGAGAGUAGCUUUGUAUUAGCUGAUGGAUAUCCGAGUUUUAAGAAGAAAUGAGCUGAAGGGAGAAAUGUUGAAUUGGACAACAUAUUGGAACUUGACUUAUCUGGAUGAACUGCUAAAGCUCAAUUGAUUUUAGAAGUCUGUUGAGAUGCAUGAACUUUAAAUUCUAAGGAAUCAGCCUUUGCUACACUAAGGAUGGUUCUCUUAGAAGAUUUCUUGGUGUUUCUUUGGUGCUCAGAUUUUUCUGCCUGUAGUUGGUUCCUCAUAAAUAUGCGCACUUUGUGUUUGUUUAUCUUUGCAGGUCCACUUGUAAGAGAUUGGAACUAUGUUUUGAGGCAUGUUCUGACCUUGAUAUGGAUUAAAUAUUACAGAGAUCUCCUGCUGUUGUCUUCGUCAACCAUUCAAUCUUUGUAGCAAGCUUCUAUUUCUGCUAGAUGUAUGUUGGACUAUUGCCUUUAUUGCUACAUUGUAGACUUUUUGAUAAAAAUGUUUGUUUGAGGAUAGUUACCAGUUGCCAUAUUUUGGUUUUCAAUCCUUUAAAGUUGCGUGAUUUAUUAAGUGAAGCUAGAAUGUUAAUUAGAUCUCAAGUCCUUUAUGUGCUUGAGAAUAGUGGGUUAUUAGUCAAUUGUUUGUUGAGAUUACAAACAUGAUCAGUGUCUGAUAAAUUGAAGGCUUAGCACAGAGCUCUCUCUUCAUCCAUUCCCAUUCUCUGUAUGAACCGUUUUUGAUUUAGGUCUUUACUGUUGACAUCUGUCUGUGGUCUUUGUUUCCUAUCAUUAUUGUUUAAGGUGAAAACUUUUAGAGUAUGUGGUAGGCUGAUCGUAGGCUCAGCUUUAUUUACCUUUGAUGGUGUGGUCGACCUGUCAUCUCCCAAAUACAUGCAGGUCAUAAAUGGUGUUUUCAUUGGAGCUUCUGACGAUCAGAAUGGCACAAUUGAAUUUUACUGAUGCAAGUAAAGGUAUGCAGUCAGUACAGUAGAGAGCUUAUGCGUAAAGCUUUCUACCUAUCUUGGAACUUUUUGAGACUGUUGAUUAAUAAAUUGGGUUGGAUACAUUUGUGAGUACUAAUGUAACAUGUGCCACUGUGUUAUAAAAUCUUGUGCCUUACCUUUUUCCCAUCUUUUUUCUUCUUUUUUUCUCUUUUUAUUUUUAUUUUUUCUCUUUUCCUCCUUUUUCUCUUUUCCUCCUUCCCAAGGUAUUGUCUUGGUUAUAGAAGCUACUUUUGAGGUCAAGUGAAACCAGAAGUUGCUGGGAUGAGUAGCAUUACAAUUGCGAAGUGUUGAGUAUGAGCAGAUUGGCUGACUUUAAAUAUUAUUGUCAAAUGCGAAUUUGGUUUUUGACAGGUAACUUCUCAUUGAACUGCUGGGUUAGUUCUGUUUAGUGAUAAAAAUUUCUGUAAUAAUUCAUCUUCCAUAUGAUAGUGAUACCUUUGGUAAUUUUAAGUAAUUUGAAAUGCUCACGCUUUCUGCUUUGCAGUGUAUGUAUUUUUUUGCAAUGUAUGAAUAUGAUUGCCAUAGAUUUCGUUUUAAGACAA